AACUUACACUGCAGUAUCUGUUUCUUUGGCCAAUCUGUGCAUUAACAUCUUUUGCUCUUGAUACCAUUUUUAUUUCACAAUGAGUUACAGUUUCAGUCAGAGCAGUUCACGAGGCAGUGCUGUCUCCUCCCGACUUACGGAUGGAAUCUACAGAGCUGCCAGUAUCAGUGGGGGAUACGGGGGAGCAGGUGGAUAUAGCGGAUUUGGUGGUUCUGCCAUGUCUGUUUCCAGUGCUAGGCUAUCAUCUGCAGGUGGGUCAGGAUAUGGCUUCAGCUCUGGAUAUGGUAGCAAGGCAUCAUUUGGUGGAGGAGGAGAUUUUGGCUCGGGAGCAUCUUUUGGCUCGGGAGCAUCUUUUGGCUCGGGAGCAUCUUUUGGCUCCAGUUUUGGUGCCGGUGGUGGAGAUGGUUUACUGUCUGGCAAUGAAAAGUACACCAUGCAGAAUCUAAAUGAUCGCCUUGCCAGUUAUCUGGAUAAAGUACGGGCCUUGGAGCAAUCCAACAACGACUUGGAGAUCAAAAUUCGUGAAUGGUACUCAAAGCAAACUUCAUCCACCGUUCGUGAGCAGAGCUUUAGCGGCCAGUACACAGCUAUUGAUGAGAUACGAGAUAAGAUCUUUGCCGCCAAUAUUAAUAACUCCAAAAUUAUUCUGGAGAUUGACAAUGCUCGGCUUGCAGCUGAUGACUUCAGAAUGAAGUAUGAGAACGAGUUGUCCCUGCGCCAGAGUGUUGACAAUGACAUUAAUGGCCUCAAACACGUUCUGGAUGAGUUGACAAUGACCAGAUCUGACCUGGAACUCCAUAUUGAAGGUCUGAAGGAAGAGCUGGUUUAUGUUAAGAAGAACCAAGAAGAGGAAGUCAGCGAGAAGAAGCAGCAUGCUGCUGGUGUCGUGAACGUUGAGUUGGAUGCUGCUCCUGGAGUUGACCUGCUGAAGACACUCAAUGAUCUCAGAGAGCAAUAUGAACAUAUUGCCGAGAAAAACAGAAGAGAAGCUGAAGCUUGGUUCACCAGCCAGGUUCAAGCCUUGCAGACUGAAGUUGCCACCAACACCCAACAAGUACAGAGCAGCAAGAGUGAAACAACAGAGCUAAGACGCUCAAUGCAAAGCUUGGAAAUGGAAUUGCAGUCUCUACUAACUACUAAAGCCAGUCUGGAAGCCAAUAUUAGUGAAACCGAAGGACGUUAUUCUGCAGAACUCUACCAAAUACAAAUUAUCAUCAGUGGACUUGAGGUUCAGCUCGGUGAGCUCCGCUCAGAUAUAGAGCGUCAGAACCAGGAGUACAAAACUCUGCAAGAUAUCAAAAACCGUCUGGAACAGGAGAUUGCAACAUAUCAUCAGCUUUUGGAUGGAGAAGGUGGCAAAAUUGCUGUUGGUGGAGGUGGAGGUGGAGGAGCCGGAGGAAGUUCAUCAAGCUCAUCAAGUUCAUCAACCUCAACAACCUAUAAAUCGGGAUCUUCUGUCACGACCACCACCAAAGUCCAAGCCAUCAUAAAAGAAGAAAUUGGAGGGAAAGUGAUUUCAUCCACAUCCCUGAAGAGAUAUUAACGAAUUACUGUCAACAAAAUAUCUAUUUCCAAACGUAUUGCUGAGGAAUGUCUGUUAAAAAAAAGAUCCAGAAAAACGAAUAAUAAUAAAAAAUAAUAAUAAUGUUCAGGAAUAUAAGUUUGUGGAAGUUGCUUUUAGGGUGGGAAAAGUGCUCCAUGAUUUGUUACAGAAUACUGACAGCCUACUUCCUGGACCCACUGUAUGCAAAAUGCUUGAAAAGCCUCUUAAGUGUGAAAACUAACAUUCUGACCUACUGGUUACUACUUUAAUGUGUUUUGGUCUCACUAAUUUGCUGCAUUUUCCUGCAUGCUUAAAUCUUUAUAGUUUUUGUA